AUGUAUCUAAAUGAUCACUACCGGGACAUGAAGAAUAGGAAGACUUUCCUACUCGACAGCCAAAAGCCCAAUGCCCGAGUGGCUAAGGAGGAUCAUGGACCAGUGGGUAAAAUGAUUUUUGAGUAUGCGGCAGCGUUCCUCAAAGAGAAGGGGGUCGAUUGUACAUUGGAUGAGUGGGAAUUCAACAUUGCCGACGUUCCUCAACAAUUUGGCAACGAUGAUUGCGGUGUAUUUGCAUGCCUUUACAUGGAGCUAUGGGCGGGUCACCUUCCAGUGGAAUAUAAAACAAGUUGGCACAAGCAGCCACAUGUGGAGGAAUAA